UCGCGUGCCGAAGUUCUGCUGAAAGCUUCGAAAGUACAGUACCAAGUACAACACUCCUCACACCAUGUCAGAUUCGCAAGAAACUCCUCACGGGCCCGACUCCACCCCCCACGUCCUCGCAGACGCGACGAACGCGAGUACGUCAUCUGGCAACAACGAGCCCGCAGACACAAACGGCACUUCGUCCAAAUCAAGCACGCCGAAGAGCAAGUCGGGCUGGGAUGGCAAGCUACGAGUGGGAAAGCAGGCCACACUGGCAAACCCAGAAGCUUUAGAAGAUUCGGACUACUCAGACGAGGAUGCACCUCCCGUAGACCAGAUCGAUGCCGAUGAAGACUUGCUCGCGGGCGAAAGCCCAGACGUGGAGGAGAUCGAGCUUCUACACUCUAGAAUCACCUCCAUGGCAGCUCUACACCUCGAACGUUUCCAACGACUCAAGCGACUAUGCCUACGACAGAACCAGAUUCAGAAAAUCGAGCUGCCUGAUACAUGCAAGAAUUUGGAAGAGCUGGAAUUAUACGACAAUUUGAUCAAGCACAUCGAUGGCCUAGAAGAAUACACAGCGCUCACGACACUCGAUCUGUCAUACAACAAGCUGAAGCACAUCAAGCGAAUUUCGACGUUGACCAAUCUCGAUCACCUUUACUUCGUGCAAAACCGAAUAUCGAAGAUCGAAGGGCUAGAAACGCUCACAAAACUCACAUACCUUGAAUUGGGAGCAAAUCGAAUCAAAGAGAUCGAAGGAUUGGAGACGUUGACAAACCUCACAAGUCUGUGGCUCGGGCAGAACAGGAUAACGGAGCUCAAAGGACUCAGCACGCUGAUAAAUCUGCGUUCGCUAAGUAUUCAAGCGAACCGUCUCACAUCCCUCAACGGAAUCGAAACAAUACCACAGAUCACAGAGUUGUAUGUAUCGGACAACAAGAUCGAGUCUCUCGAGCCAGUCCGAGCGUGCACGAAAUUGGAGAUACUCGAUUUCCAAACGAAUCCCAUUACGUCGCUCAAAGGAUUAGAAGACCUGAAGGAUCUGGAGAAUGUAUGGGCGAGCAAUUGCCAGAUCGAAAGCUUCCAGGAAGUGGAAAGAGUACUGAAAGAUAAGGAGAAACUCGAAGAGGUGUACCUCGAGGGCAACCCGUUGCAAAGAGCCAAUCCGGUGUUGUAUAGGAACAAAGUGCGAUUGGCUUUGCCGCAGAUUUCCAAGAUUGAUGCCAGCUACGUGAAGGCAACCUGAGUGAGGAAAUUUCGGCCUUUCCGUGCUCAUGAUGCUAGCCGCAGAUGCACAGGCUGCGGAGAACCUGCAGAUUCAGCAUAGCUCAGGACGGCGUUUAUUCGAUUCGGCGACAUCUACAACACAAGUGAAGCUGUACCUCACUGAGUGACGAUUAUU